AGUGGAAGAGUGUUUUGGAGCCAGAAAGCCGGAGCCGCCCAGGAAUUUUGGCUCAGACUUGGAGCAUUUCCUCCUGGGCCGGCCGGCGCUAUCCUGGGGAGGGCGUCCGCCGGCAGACACCGCGCUGAGAUUUGCCAGGCCAGCACCAUGGGGCUCCUGCUCUGCGCACAGGCUGGGCUCGCCCUGCUCUGCGCCGCGGGCGCCUUGGCGGCCGCUGAGCCCCUCAGCCCCUCCCAAGGAGACCCCGCUUGGAGCACAGGCUGUGACAGAUACAUGGCGGUCCAAGACCGUUUAGACGUGAUGGAAGAGACGGCGGAGAAGGUGGUGGAGCACCUGGAGGCAGAAGUGAAAGGCCUCCUGGGCCUGCUGGAGGAGCUGGCCUGGAACCUGCCGCCGGGGCCCUUCAGCCCCGCCCCAGACCUCCUCGGAGACGAUCACUUCUGAGCAGCAGCGGUAGAGGAGCUGAGCAGCUGGAGGUGGGACCUCGUGGAGGGCAACUCAGACCAGAGCCGUGUCUUCUCGCCCUCCUUUCCCUACCUUUGUGUGAAAUAAAAGCAACUCCUUUGA